AUGCGGUAUUUAGAACCUAAAACAAGAGAUAUUUUUAAAGCAAGAUUUGUUGAUUACCAAUUUGAUGAGUCAUAUUUCUCGUCGUUAGAGGGAGAAAAGCCAAAAUUUGAAGAAUACCGUGAAAUUUCAUGGAAUACACCAUCAUUAGCCCAUUUUGGUCCUCGUACAAAACAAUGUGAACUUGAGGUUCAAAGAAUCAUACAUUUCCAAAGUAUUGCAAAUCAAAUGCUUGAUGCAUUUACUGAUAUAUGUAGGAUAACAAAAUCACAUAUACCUGCUGCAAAUACUCCAGCGGGAGUCAGUAUCCCAGAUGGACAUCAUGAUGAGUCCAGAACAUGCUUAAAGCAUCCUAGAAGAUCUCUUGGUGAAAAAGAUUCAAUUCCACGGAAAAAGAAAUCAAAAUGUGGCAUUCCAGAACAAGCCACUAUAUCUGAAAUCUUUGAUCAAUCAAAUACUAAUGAACUAGUUGCACCUGAAUAG